AUGUAUACGUUACGAAAACUAUUCGCAGAGUUUCGUGUUUUUCUUUUCCUGUGUAAAGCGACUGGCACUGCUCCUAUUUCGUUUGACAGUGAAAGUGGACGGGUGGUUGUGCGCAAAAGGGCGAGGUUUUACUGUGUAUCUGUCGUACUCCUUAUUCUUCUCUGUGCCGUAUCUGAUAUAGUGUGGAAAGCCACUAAUGGGUACAGAAACUUUGAAAGCAUUGCGAAGUAUACUUAUGUAUUCACCGUUGCAGUUGCAACAAGCUCUGCUGUGACAUGUAUUCUAUGGAACUCUUCUUUGAAACAAAACGACGUUCACUUUUUCUUCCUAAAAAUGGUUACUGUUGGAACUUUUUUGAAUAACGAUAAGGAAGCUGAGUACAUCCGAUUGAAUACUCUCCUGCUAAGGGGAACAAUUGUAGUAAUCGUAUACUCGGUUCUUCUGUAUGGUAACAUGUUUUGGGAUAACGGAAUUACACUAAAAUAUUUUUCAGAUACACCUGUUCAUAUCAUACAUUUCUUGAGAAAUAUCUUACUUUUGCAGUUCAUGGUACUUAAUGGGGCUGUGGGAAGAAAUUUUGUUCAGCUGAAUGAGAAUCUGCUGCAAGUGUUCGAGAUUAGCUCAGAAAACGAAUCUGAUAUCAAGAUCUCUGAAACACUACAAUUUUCGUUAUCAAAACAAAACACACACAAUACUGGUAAUCUAUUUAUCAGAGAAUUUUCUUCACCGUCAACGUUAGUAGUCUCUAAAGCUCAAGCAUCUUCGAAGCACCCUACAUACAAUGUGCCACAUUGUAAUCGAAUGGCCCUGCAGACUGAUAGUUGUGUCUCAAUAAAACACUUGCGUAAAAUCUAUUGCAUUCUAAGUGAUCUCGCAAAAGCUGUCGACAGGGCUUAUGGUCCAAACAAUCUCUUCGAAGUGACUAGUUCCUUCGUGAAUAUUGUCGCAUUGCUCUACACAUUCGCAGUUUUUCUACUACAGUUAGAUGGAACGUCACCUAUAUCAAUGUAUGCCUGUAUUACAACGUUGCAAUGGACUGUGAUGCUGGUUUGUCGCUUGUUCAGCAUUGCCUACAGCUGUGACAUGGUUGUGCAAGAAGCCAACCGUACGCAGCGGCUGGUCACCAAACUUCAGAUGCUGUCUGCUGGCUGUGGCUGCCAAGAAGAGCUGAAGCUGUUUGGGGAACAGCUGGCGCGCAACACACUGCACUACAGCGCAGCUGGGUUCUUCACACUGGAUCUGUCAUUGCUGAAAAGCAUCGUGGCUGCUGCGACGACCUACUUCGUCAUUCUCGUCCAGUUCCAGGUUUCUGGAAACAAAUCGUAG